CUUGGUCCAUCUUCCAGCAUGGUGGAUGUUCUCCCUGUCUUUUUGUUUUUUUUUCUUUCCUCCUCUCUUUCCCUCUAUAGGCAACACAUUUAAAAACGCCGGAACGAAUGCUUUUCAGUUUGUGCAUUUGAAGAUGAGCGUGAUCAGACUCGUCCUGCUGGUCCUGCUCUUCUCCCUGCUGAUGCUGGAGGGAUCAGCUAAAGAAAAAUCCGCAAAGAAGGGAAAGAAAAAAGGAAAGCAGGUCUACUGCCCCUCGCAGUUGUCAUCUGAAGAUCUUGCUCGAGGUCCUGCCAACACGACGAGCAACAUACUGAACCGGUUGCUGGUGAGCUACGACCCCAGAAUCCGACCAAAUUUCAAAGGCAUUCCAGUUGAGGACAAAGUGAACAUCUUCAUAAACAGCUUUGGCUCCAUCCAGGAAACCACCAUGGAUUACAGAGUGAACAUCUUCCUGAGGCAGCGGUGGAACGAUCCCAGACUGCGGCUCCCCACGGAAUUCAAGUCUGACGCCCUCACCGUGGACCCCAAGAUGUUCAAAUGCCUUUGGAAACCAGACUUGUUCUUCGCCAACGAGAAGAGCGCCAACUUCCAUGAUGUCACACAGGAGAACAUCCUGCUGUUCAUUUUCCGCAACGGUGAUGUGUUGAUUAGCAUGAGGUUAUCGGUCACUUUAUCCUGUCCUCUGGAUCUGACUUUAUUUCCCAUGGACACCCAGCGAUGCAAGAUGCAGCUAGAGAGUUUUGGUUACACGACAGAUGACCUAAAGUUCAGUUGGCAGUCGGGAGACCCAGUGCAAAUGGAUGAAAUUGCACUGCCUCAGUUUGACCUUAAACAAGAGGAUAUCGAAUAUGGAAAUUGUACCAAAUACUACAAAGGGACCGGGUAUUACACCUGCGUGGAGGUGAUCUUCACUCUGAGGCGGCAGGUCGGCUUCUACAUGAUGGGCGUCUACGCGCCCACGCUGCUCAUCGUGGUGCUGUCCUGGCUGUCCUUCUGGAUCAAUCCGGACGCCAGCGCCGCCCGAGUCCCUCUGGGCAUCCUGUCGGUGCUGUCGCUCUCCUCCGAAUGCACCUCCCUGGCCUCAGAGCUCCCCAAAGUGUCGUACGUCAAGGCCAUCGACAUCUGGCUCAUCGCCUGCCUGCUGUUUGGCUUCGCCUCGCUGGUGGAGUACGCCGUGGUGCAGGUGAUACUCAACAACCCCAAGAUGAUCGAGGCGGAGAAGGCAAAGCUGGCCAGCAGGGAGAAGGCGGAGGGCAAAGGCAGCACCAUCAACGGCACCGGGGGCACGCCCCUCCACGUCAGCACGCUCCCGGUGGCGGAGACGAGGUGCAAAAAGGUGUGCACAUCCAAGUCGGACCUGCGCACCAACGACUUCAGCAUCGUGGGCUCGCUGCCCAGGGAUUUCGAGCUGUCGAACUUUGACUGCUACGGCAAGCCCAUCGAGGUGGGAGGGGCUCUCGGCAAGUCGCAAGCGAAGAACAACAAGAAGCCGGCGCCCCCAAAACCCGUCAUUCCCUCCGCGGCCAAGCGCAUCGACCUCUACGCCCGCGCCCUCUUCCCGUUCUCCUUCCUCUUCUUCAAUGUUAUAUAUUGGUCUAUAUAUUUGUGAUAUACACAUAUAUAUGCUAUAUACACACAUUUUGUUUGUCCGUUUCCAUUAGUGAUACCACCCAUGUUAUUUUUUCAUAUUAUCCAUCUAUAUCAGGAAAGGAUAGAAUAUAUUUGAUGAACCAGCUAUACGGAAUAUUCCGGAAACAGCAGGUGCAAGGCGGGGAAUUGGAUUGGGAAUGUUGUCCAGGGUAGGCUCUGGACCCCCACGACCCUGCGUGGGACAAGCGGGUAUGGAAAUGAAUGAAUGAACUAUAUGGAAUAAUAAGUUAUAUUUACGAUUAAUCCUGAAGCAGCGUGACCGUAGCUUUUCGACUCAGUGGCCGGUACGCUUAGCAAUCGCAAAGAGUGAAGGAUGACAGGUGGAGGGGAAUGGGUGGAAACGGCUCCAUUUUUAUUUUAUUACCAAAUAAAAUUCUAUUACCUUGCAUGUAAAAAGCGCAUAAAUGAAUAUAGAAUCUAUAUCUAAAGUUUGCUAUGAUAAUUAUUUAUGGAUAUUAUCGGAUUGGCUGAUCAUCACGCUGAUGUCACAAUGCUUGAUGCCAUGACCUCUGUGACAGGUAUACUUCCGAGAUUACAUCAUGUGACCCGUGCAUUGAAUUUAAAAGUAUGCGGAUAAAGUGGUCCUAUGUAAACAUGAACAUGUAUGUGUACAUACAUGCAUGUAUGUAAGCAUAGCCAAUAAAGAUCAGAUGUCUAAUGAGCUGCUACAUUUAA